AUGGAGGACAGGGGUGUUCCGGUGGAGGUGCUAAAUCUCUUUCGGUAUUGGUACACAAAGCAAGUAAAUUACGUUAAAUGGGCUGACCAAUUCUCCAGUUCGUACAGGUUGGAGUGCGGAGUAAGGCAAGGUGGGCUGUCGUCUCCAAAGCUGUUCAACCUGUACGUAAAUGACCUCAUAGUGGAGCUCAGCAGCAUGCGAGUCGGAUGCAAAGUGAGUGGUGUUAAUGUAAACAAUAUUAGUUACGCGGAUGACAUGGUGCUGCUGGGCCCCACUACGAGUGCUAUCAGAGAAAUGUUGUGA